UUGAUAAUCACAUUCUCGAUGCAAUAUUGUAUUUCUCCUUCCAGAUAUCCGGAAUGAUUGUGACCUAUCUGCUGAUUCUUUUGCAAUUCCAGCCGCUGGAGAGCCAGUAACAAUAUCAUUAGCAUUUCCGAUGGGGGCGUGAAUGAUCAAUACAAAAGUACUUCCUUCAAUAUUCCUCAUUUCUACUAAUGACAUUCUCCAAACAACUAGAAAAUUCUAAAUAAAGAUUUGUAUUGAUUCCUAUAAAUCCUAUUUAGACACCGGAAGUUUAACUGAUUACAAAUGGUCGACCAUUUCACUUUCGAAAUAGACUAUCAAUCAGCGUUUGUGACGGAACCCGUAUUAAUUGACAGAGAAAUGGAUUUGAUUGUCAUUCUGAUAAUUUCCAGAGCCCAUUACCCAAUUGAAAUCAUGACAAUGCUAGACGCUUUUAGGAAAGGUGACAAAUAUUUUAAAAAUCGUCGUCAUCUUCACUGACGUAUUAUAUCCAUCGGAAUGAAGUCGAAAACUUGUUACCUAAAAACUUUGUUUUUCCUUUUUCACAUCGUUUAUAUAAUUUCAUCUGCACUGGGUUUAGCCCCAUGCGGAAUCAAAAUAUCUCGCGGAUUGACUUCAAAAAUCGGGUUCACAUGCGUUUUCUCAUAUUCAAGUAGACGAUGUGCUUACAACCUUCUACUGAUUAUGCUAUUCAUCGCGAUAACGAUUGCUGGUGUACCACAUUUACAUCACCUGUCGUAUCCAAAUAAUUCGCCGGCCGUGAGGGUAAUUACAGUGGCCCUGUCGGUAAUGGGAAAUGUGGUGGCUAUAGUGAUCAUUACCUUUUACCUAAUUACGCAACGGGACAUCAUCAGCAUCGGCAAUCAAUUGAAUGAAUUUGACGAAAAAUACGGUGACAGACUCGUCGGAAGGAGAGACACUGGAGUCGGAGAUUUCCAGUCAUUGAUCACAGUCAUUAUCAUAACAUGUAUUUGGAUUGCUGUGGUGACAUCGGAAAUGGUGGAGGCAGAAGGUGAAAUAUUUCUUCUUACAUCAGGACCCAGUGAGGCCUUCGUCAGUUGGCUAUUAAUACAGUAUAGCCUACUCAUAAAUGUUCUCCAAGCUCGGUUUGAAGGACUCAAUAAUGCUCUCUUUGCCACAUUCAGACCGGCGAUUAUUCUAAAAGAAGGAUCAUUCGUUAGAAGGAGUAUCUUCAGUGAUACUGCAAUUACUCAAAGUUUGCUCAUGUGCAAACAAGCGCGAAAUCGAAUUUACAAAGUUUCAUGCAAAGUUUCUCGUUUCUAUUCGUUCCCUGCGUUAAUAGGGAUUUUUUACUGCUGUUGCUGUUUUGUCGAUACUAUUUAUUUCUAUAUCAUGACACUGAUAUACCUGGAGAACAGUGGCAGAAACCAAAUCGACCCCAUCUUCUGGACCCUUGUGACUUUAUACCCCAUUGUAGCGUUGAGCACGAGUGUCAACACAUUUCAAACUGAAGAGGCUCGAACGAUGGAUAUUAUUUAUGAUAUAAUGGAGGCAUAUGCACCAAACAAGGACAUCGAGUCGGAGUUGAAUAAUUUUGCCGUUGAGCUGCUCCAUAAAAAUGUACCAUUCAAUGCCUGCGCACUUUUUUCAUUAGAUUGUUCGCUAUUACAUUCGAUAUUCGCAAUGACUGUCACUUACCUCCUAAUUCUCGUGCAGUUUAAACCACCGGAGAGCCAUAAAAGCACUGAAUAAUUAAAGACUAAAUUAUUUCAUACGUAAAUGGCCUUAAAAAUGUU